AAGAAUGGAGACGCCGCCCCGUAGGUUGCGCGACUUAUCUCCGGAGAACGGGCAGGACAUCAGCUCCCCGAUUCGCAUCCCGGCAUCGUCAUCGAUGAAGACCCUGGGCUUUGGAAGCGGCGUGAAGGUCUACCGCCUGGACCGCUCGCCACGACGCGGCCAGAUCCGUACACCUUUGGCCGUCAAGAGAAUGACGCAAGAUGCCGUGGAGAAGAGGGAAAUGGUUUUCAACGAGCGAAUAUUGCACGAGGCGCAGAUCUUGGGGAAACUGAAGCACCCAAACAUUGUCGGCUUCUGUGGCCUGGUCACGUCGCUCGAAGGCCUGAACAGCCUGGUCCUGGAGAUAUGCGGCAACUCGUUGGGCUCCAUUCUGGACGAGCGGCACGAGGGCAAACUAGGGCCGCUGCCCGCCAAAUACACCACCAAAGUGAUCACGGACGUGGCCCGGGCCCUGGACUUUCUGCACACCGAUGCCCGGGUGCUCCACGGCGACCUCAAGUCCUUCAAUGUGCUCAUCAACGGCGAGUUCGAGAACUGCAAGCUGUGCGACUUUGGUGUGGCUCUGCCGCUGGACGAGCAUGGCCAGGUGCAGCUCCGCAGGAGUGGCAGUCUAUUCUACGAGGGCACGGGCUUGUGGGCGGCUCCGGAGGUGAUUACGCAGUCGGAGAUCUUGGACAACAAGGCUGACAUCUUCAGCUUUGGCCUUGUCAUUUACGAGACGCUGGCCCUGGUGCCGCCGCACACCCUGAACAUGGAUAUGUUUUGCGGUGAAAACAAGGAGAACCUGCCAGAUAAUGAUUUAAUCGAGGAUCUCUCCGAUCUCACGGAGAGCAGCCUCCUGCCCCCUUACGGGAUGCGGCCCGCUCUGCCAGUGGGAUUCCAGGUGAGCGAGGAACACGACAGCAUCGUCGCUCUGUUCUUCCUGUGCACGAAUGCCUCGUUGGAGGACCGUCCCGCUGCACGGACCAUUCUGCAGAGCUUUGAAAAAGGUCCCUAAGGGUCCACGACUAGAAUCAAGUUUCCUUCUACUGAUAUUCAUUGAAUACCCGACACAAGGUACAUAUGUAUAUGCUCCAUAGUUUCCCGAUCUUUUACCUUAAACAGUGCGACAAUAAC